AUGGCGAGUAAUACAUUUUCCCACUACCUUACGGCCGUAUUGACGACCGGCACGGCCGUCUAUAUACCCGUACCGUACCGUCAGCCUAGUUCUGAGAGCCUUGACGGUACGGUAUACGGACCAGCCGUCGCCCGUCACUGUACCGUGGCUAUACGGCCGUAUACCGUAUACGGUACGAAUGUCACAACAAUCCCACCAGAUGAGAUUCUGGAUAAGCUCAGGAUCAUUGAGCGCUUCGCAGGAAAUGAAUCCAGAUUCUUACUCGUGGUCAAGAUGAUGAUUCAGCAACACUGGGCAUGCAUUCUGGUGACAGGGCUUCUAUUAAUACUUUAUUUGUAUACUGAUUCCUUCGAAUUGAAAACUGGUCAUCGUAGUAUUGCACUCCCCAGCAGCAGGAAGGGCAACAUCCGUCGAUGUUGGGUGCUAUCGCUAGAGACUUGGGUUAGGAAGACGGCGAUUCGGGUAUGGGAACAGGUUGGCGGUUUGCAGCUCUCAGGAUGGAAUAGACUAAACUUGCAUUUGGAAUCUUCGCAUCGAAUCUGGGAAACGUUUAAAGUGAGAAAACCCAAGGAACAGAGGCUAAAUGGACAGCGAUUAACAAGGUCGGUGAUUGAUAUGAGGACAUACGAGGUUGACGGUAUGACCGCAUUGGAGGUAGACAUUCCUGACUCUAUACAUAAGUGA